GUUGGUUGGAGAAAAGUUCGAGGACUUUUUACGAUUCUUACACUCGCGUAAACUGUAAUUUUAUCAAGAGUGACUGAAUCAAUUAUCUCGUGAAUAUUGUAACUUGGAUUUGUUUGUAACGACCAAUGAUAAAAAUUAUGAUACAUAUAAUAUUUGCAUUUUACAUUCGAUAUAUACACGUAAAACGCGAUAAUGUUUCGUUCUUCUUUAAUGAGAAUUUAACGCUCGAAUAAUUCGUGUCGCGAGAGUCAUUUCCACGUAAAAUAACGCGGAAUAAAGUCAGCAUCAUACUAUAAUAGUAUAUUUUGACGAAAUUAUAGAAGUCGCGAAAUUUCAGUUGAGACCUCCGUGAAGUUGGCACCGCGCUUGUUUGCCUCGUCACAGUACGUAUAUGCAUCCCGCGCGGUCACCUUGUGACGUCAGAGUGUUUACGCUGCGGACAUAAUCGAGUGCGCGGUCGAAACGAGUGUGCGGAAAAAAAUCGGUUGAAAAUCGCGCAUUCGUCAACGCUAGUCAUCAUUAUAUUACGAUCUUAAGAAACUCAUUGAAUUCGAGCUACGUCAGAUUUUGAAGUGAGACUGAAUAUCGUAAGCGAGUAAGCAUGUGCGUGUGGAGUAUCGGGAGUGCCGAAAAAAGUAUCGGACGAUUAUAUUACAUACGUACACAGUGCAUAUAUCGAUCGUGUAGUGAAAAUACUUUCGUCACAAGUUACCUACGUAAUCGAAAGCAUCCUUAAAAAGAAUGACAAUCGGUGGUGGCGAUGAUGAAGCGUGAAAGUUACCGUUGAUUUGUCGGACAGCCUGCAGGACCAUUUGUUUCCAAAAUGAGUGCGUCGCUGCAAAUUUUGGCUCUAAUCACCUUAGCCGGGCAAAAUGUAGCCUGGCCGCAAGACCCCAUUCCUAGACUGCACAUCAAACAUCGUGAAGUAAUUGGCCAGCGGUUUCUGGGCAAUGAAAGCCACGUGGAGCACUUCAAACUUCUCGAACGUGCGGCAACCUCUAUCCUGAUUGGUGCCAGGAACGCCAUUUACAACAUAAGUCUGCACGACCUAACGGAGAUCGUCGACCAGAAAUUGCAGUGGUCCAGCACCGAGGCGCAUCGCCAGCUUUGUUACCUGAAGGGCCGCAGCGACGACGAGUGCCAGAACUAUGUGCGGGUGUUCGGCAGGCAGGGCCCCGAUCGCUUCCUCGUUUGCGGCACGAAUGCCUACAAGCCGCUCUGCAGACAGUUCACGAUCAAGGAUGGAGCAUACGUGAAGAAAAGCGACAUGGACGGUUUGGGACUUUGUCCUUACGAUCCACGACACAAUAGCACGGCAGUUUUUGCCGAGGGACAGUUAUACGCCGCGACGGUGGCCGACUUCUCCGGUGGCGAGCCGCUAAUUCACAGGGAGAAAAUUCGCACCGAACGCUCGGAUCUCAAUCAGUUGAACGGUCCCAACUUUGUCAGCUCGUUUGCGUAUCAGGAUUACGUAUUCUUCUUCUAUCGCGAGACAGCCGUGGAAUACAUGAAUUGCGGAAAGGCGGUCUAUUCGCGAGUCGGUAGAGUCUGUCAGCACGAUAAGGGCGGGCCACACGCAUUUAGCGACAGAUGGACGAGUUUUCUGAAAGCGAGACUCAACUGUUCGGUACCGGGCGAGUACCCCUUCUAUUUCAACGAAAUACAAUCAACGAGCGAUGUUACGGACGGUCGAUAUGCGGGCAAAUCUGCGCGUCUGGUGUACGGGGUUUUCACGACUCCGGUGAACUCUAUCGGAGGCUCGGCUGUAUGCGCCUUCUCCAUGGACAACAUUCUCGAGGUCUUCCAGAGUGCUUUCAAGGAACAGGAGACUAUAAACAGCAAUUGGCUGCGAGUACUUCCGGAAAAAGUACCUGAGCCGAGACCUGGUGCCUGUGUUAAUGACUCUAGGACGCUUCCGGACAUCACCGUCAACUUCGUCAAAGCUCAUCCUCUCAUGGACGAUGCGGUGCAAUCCUACUUUUCAUUACCUGUGAUAACUAAAACCAGUUUUAAUUACAGAUUUACCAAAGUCGUUGUAGAUCCUCAAGUAAAAGCAUUGGAUGGCAAAGCUUAUGAUAUGCUUUACAUCGGAACAGAUGACGGCCGUGUUCUGAAGGCACUCAACACACGCGCACCCGAGACACGUGACAGUGUUGGCCAAGUUAUUGUCAGCGAUGUCCAGGUAUUAAAAUUCGGCCAAGCAGUCAAGGACCUUGUGGUAGUUCAUUUAGCCGGCGAAGCGAGUAAAUUGGUAGUGUUCGCGGAUUCUGAGAUUCGCGCGGUUCCCUUGCAUCAUUGCGACUCGCCUGCAGCGGCUACCUGCAGAUCUUGCGUCGCUUUGCAGGAUCCCCAUUGCGCUUGGGACGCAAUUGGGAAUCUCUGCGUCGCGGUGCCGACGAAACUUCACGAUAGCGACACUAGCAAAACGCUAUUUCAAGAUAUCCCGACCGGGAGACACAGAAGCUGCGGAUAUGAGCAAGAAAUGACGAAGCCCGUGCUACCAGCGGUGGCGCCCGAAAUUGGGCGUGACGAGCAGCCCGAUGAACGGGACAAUGAAAUCGUCAUCGAGCUGGAUCGGGAAAAUCAGUACGGACGUACGCAGCCAAGGGCUAACGAGCCUCAAGGCGUGACUGUCACCCCGGUGGUAUAUUCGGCUCAAACGUUGACAGGUGCACUGAUAGGCACUUGUUUCUGCUCCUUGGUGGCUGGUUUCGCUUUCGGUUUCUGGUUCUCUCAGAGAUUACGCGGCUCAUCGUAUCCGGAACCUUCUGAGCAGCGGCAACAGCUCAAUCGACUAACCGAGAGCUCGGAAUCACCUGGAUUCAACAACAAAUCCAUCAAUCUGGUGCUGAAUGUGCCGCCUAAGAAUCCAAACGGCAAGAAUGCCAAUUCAUCUGCAGAAAAUAAGCCGGUGCAGAAAGUGAAGAAAACGUACAUAUGAUACAGAAGGCGACACAGAGCCGUCUGAGGC